GUAAGUGUAGUAAACAUUUUCGUCAACCGCAAAUCGCAAUAUUGAUUAACCACCUGCGAAAUUGUUUCGGACCUCCGCCACCAUGCAGAACUCAACGUCGGUGAUCUUGAGACAUUAUUUGCGACGUCGUUGUGUGCGUUCUGCGUCAAGUGCGUCGAGUUUUGACUGGGAAGAUGCACUAAACCUCGAUCACAAUUUAACGGACGACGAACGACAGUUGAAAACCUCGUUUAGGGACUUCUGUCAGAAAGCUCUCAUGCCCAGAAUAUUGAAAUCGAACCGCGACGGCGUGUACGAAAAAGAAGUGCUCAAGGACAUGGCGUCAAUGGGUGCGUUGGGAUGUACUAUCGGAGCCUACGGUUGCACCAAAGUGUCACAGGUCGGAUACGGUCUUAUCGCUAGAGAAGUGGAAAGAGUCGACAGUGCAUAUAGAUCCGCCCUGAGCGUCCAGUCGUCGCUGGUCAUGCACGCGAUUCACGCGUAUGGCACCGAAGAGCAGCGGGAACGGUACUUGCCACGGCUGGCCUCCGCCGAUCUGGUGGGCAGCUUUUGCCUGACCGAACCAAACGCUGGCAGCGACAUCGGGACGAUGGAGAGCAAGGCCAAGUACGACUCGGACACCAAGUCGUACGUCUUGAACGGCGCCAAGACGUGGAUAACCAAUGCACCGGUUGCAGACGUGUUUGUGGUGUGGGCCAGGUGCGACGACGGCCGUGUCCGAGGGUUCGUGGUGGAAAGGGGCACGGCGGGCCUUUCGACCGCCGUCAUACCCGGAAAAAUGUCGCUGAGAGCGUCCAGCACUGGGUCUGUGUACAUGGACAAUUGCGUAGUGCCCGAGGACAGCCUUUUGCCCGGCAUCACGGGUAUGGGAGGACCUUUCGGCUGUUUGAACCACGCCCGGUACGGAAUUGCGUGGGGCGCUUUUGGGGCGGCCGAAGAGUGCUUGUCCAUUUCCCGGGCGUACUGCCUGGAUCGCAAACAAUUCGGAAAACCGUUGGCCGCCACGCAACUGAUCCAGAAAAAAUACGCCGACAUGGUCACCGAGAUAUCCAUCGGCUUGCUGGCGUGUCUGCAAGUGGGCAGGUUAAAGGAACAAGGAUUGGCCCCGCCGGAAAUGAUAUCGUUGAUAAAGAGGAAUUCCACCGGCAAAUCGUUGGACAUCGCGAGGUGGGCAAGGGACACGCUCGGGGGAAACGGUAUUAGUGACGAGUACCACGUGAUCAGACAUCUCAUAAAUCUGGAAACCGUAAACACCUACGAAGGCACCCACGACGUCCACGGUCUAAUAUUGGGCAGAGCGAUCACCGGUAUACAAGCGUUCAAAUAACCACCGGAUCGAAAACUUCGGGGACUACGAACUUAAGGAAAA